CCUCUGGGGCCGUAGGAAGAGGAAGUGCCAGAGAGCAAUGCUGUAAUGCCCCUGAGCUUCUGGGCUGAGCAUAUGGCUGCGUUUCCUGAAUCAAAGAGCAGGAGGAAGGAGCUUACCAGGAGGCCCAGGAAAGUCUUCCUUGUUAAAGUGAUGCGAACCAGGAACCUAUGGAAAAACAUUGUGAUAUUAUCUGCGAACUCGCUGACUGGGUUUGGGAUACACAGCUGGUUUGCAAAAAGCAUGAUGGGUCCUGACGUAAAGAUGCCUACCACCAAUGAUUUCUAUGCGGACUACUAUACCAUGGCUGGGAUUGCUCUGGCAUCCUGCCUAGCCACGUGCCCGGUUUUUGGGCUUCUAGGACUGCCGCUGUUCAUGGUUCUAAGAGUUCUGGCAUCAUUUCUACAGCUUGGCCUUCUCAACUUGUAAGUGAAGACGUCCAAGUGACCUGCACCUAGAGGCUGGUCAGAACACAUGGUAUUUCAGAGUGGCACGAGGCCUUGAAUCUCUGGCUGUUCUCAGCUAAUAAUUUGGGGAGAGGGAAGAAAUUUCAUAAAGAUCUAGUGCAGUGCAGAGAACCAGCAAAUCAUCUGUGCAUGGAGAAUGCUGAUUCACGUGCUGUGCACUCUUAUUGCAGGCAAGAGGGAAUGUAACUCAGUGUUCCUUCCCUUAUCUUCACUCUUUGAAUUAUAGUGAAGCUCUGUUGUUCUUGACACCCCCCCAAAAUCAUCCAUUGUUCUGGGUAGUGUAGCACAGUUCAGUGAGACUAAGGGUAUAGCUACAUGUUAUAACUAGCAUGUACUAACUUUCAGGAAUGGUAAUACCCUCUGCAACGUGCACUGCUCUGACCUGCCCUUAGAGGCCUGAUGGACAGAGGCAUGGCUAAGAGCUGGCGAGUUGACUCUGUGUCUGUCCUGCACACCUACUCUGUAGGGCAGCAUAGGUCUCAGAAACAGGCCAGUGGCCCAGAUCAGGACCUUGACAGCCCGUGGUGAUGCAUACUGGGUCCAUCAACACCCCCAUCUGCCCAAACUGAGUCCCGACUGCCUCCCACCAGCCCAAAUUGGGCCCACAGCACACCCCUCCCCCCCUUCCCCUUAAAUCACACUGUUCACCCCAGAUCGGCCCCCACUGAUUGCAGAUUCCUGCUCACCCCCCACAGCUUUCUGCUUACCUGUGCCUGUUGGCACUGUCCUGGGGAGCAGUCAAGGGUAGGGAACCUGUCUAACGCUGCCACUGCUGCUGCUACUCUCUGGGCUAGGCUCAGGCCAGAGAGCAGCAGUUGCAGCAACAGGUGUGAUGGCAGCAGCUAGCAGGUGGGCAGCCAGCACAGGUAAGCGGGGACAUGAGGUUCGGGGAAGGCAGAGGGGGAGCCCCAAGUGUGGCGUUGAGCACGGAAUGGGAGUGGGGGUUGGGGGAGUAUUCUUAUUUUUGGGUCUACCCUGGCUGAGGGAAGGAAGAGCAUCCACCCGGGGAUGGUUUGGAGUGAUGCCUCCUGGGAUAGUGGAGGACAGCUCCCAACUCUUUGCCGUGUAGAAUAGUCUGAUGUGGCUGCAACAUGAGGUGCUGAAGGUGAACUCGAGAUAAUCCUUGCUGGAAGAGGACUCUCUCUGAGGUGCUCAGAGGACAGUUAUCUUGUGUUUUCCUGCCCUGAUGUGUGGACAUUCCCUUCUCAGGAGUCCUUAACACAUCUUAAAUGUAAUGUGUAACCAUAUCCUUAGUCACCCACUUGAAGAUUUUAAAACCAGAGUGCACUUCCAUCUUGACUGGUAUGUCAGAACUGAUUGUAUGUUUAU